AUGUUAACUGUCAUCCUAAAUGGGGCCGAGUGCCGAAUGGCAAGGAUUUUGGACUCGUUCGAGUACUCGGCCAUCAGCUGCAGAGCUCACAUUACUCUGUAUGUAUAUGGCAUCAUGGUAAUGAUUCAAGAUUCAAUUUUGAAAGUCCCUUCGAGCCCUUACCGUCGUACGUAUGUGGACGGGAUGCAGUUGGCGGGAGGUAUAACUUUCGAGCCACCUAAAUACCGGUACGUGAUCUACGGGGACUAUGUUUCAUCAUGGUACACAAAAGGGCCUGAAAGAAUACGAAAUAUGGACGGUCUUCUGUAA